AUGCGCUCCCAAUCGCUCUCCUCCGUCCUCCUCGCCUGGCUGGCCACGGCCGCCGGCGCGGUCCAGGUGAACCCACUCCCGGCGCCGCAGGAGAUCUCCUGGGGCUCCUCGGGCGCCAUUCCCGUCGGGUACCUGACGCUGCGCACCGUCAACGCCAACUGGGGCACGCACGACAACGUGCGCGUCGUCAACGACGCGUGGAACCGCGCCUACAAGACCAUCACCACGAUCCGCUGGGUGCCGCAGGCCGUCGAGAAGCCCAUCCCCGUCUUUGACGUCUUUCCCGGCCAUGACAAGCGCGCCGACGCCGACGCCGCGUCGGGCAGCAGUGGUCGCUGGCUCAACGAGCUCAGCCUGCAGGUCGCCGACUGGGCGGCGGACCUCAAGCACGGCGUCGACGAGAGCUACACCAUUGACAUCUCGGCGGCGUCGUCGCAGGUGCAGGUCACGGCCAAGACGGCCUGGGGCGCGCUGCACGCCUUCACCACGCUGCAGCAGCUCGUCAUCUCCGACGGCCGCGGCGGGCUCGUCGUCGAGCAGCCCGUCAAGAUCAAGGACCGCCCCAACUACCCGUACCGCGGCGUCAUGGUGGACACGGGCCGCAACUUCAUCUCGGUCAAGAAGCUGUACGAGCAGGUCGACGGCCUGGCCCUGUCCAAGCUCAACAUCCUGCACUGGCACAUCACCGACUCCCAGUCGUGGCCGAUCCGCCUCGACGCGUUCCCCGAGUUCACAAAGGACGCGUACUCGGACCGCGAGACGUACUCGCCCCGCGACGUCGCCGACCUCAUCGCCUACGCCCGCGCCCGCGGCGUCCGCGUCGUCCCCGAGAUCGACAUGCCCGGCCACUCGGCGUCCGGCUGGCAGCAGCAUGACAAGGACAUUGUCACCUGCCAGAACAGCUGGUGGUCCAACGACAACUGGCCGCUGCACACGGCCGUGCAGCCCAACCCGGGCCAGCUCGACGUCAUCAACCCCAAGACGUACGCGGCCGUGGAAAAGGUCUACGCCGAGCUCUCGCGCCGCUUCGCCGACGACUUCUUCCACGUCGGCGGCGACGAGCUCCAGGUCGGCUGCUUCAACUUUAGCAAGCCGAUCCGCGACUGGUUCGCCGAGGAUGCGUCGCGCACCUACUUUGACCUGAACCAGCACUGGAUCGACAAGUCCAUGCCCAUCUUCACCAGCGAGAAGAACACGGGCAACAAGGACCGCCGCAUCAUCAUGUGGGAGGACGUGGUGCUGUCCCACGACGCCGCCGCCAAGAACGUGUCCAAGGACGUCAUCAUGCAGUCGUGGAACAACGGCAUCACCAACAUUGGCAAGCUGACCGCGGCUGGCUACGAUGUCAUUGUGUCGAGCGCCGACUUUCUGUACCUCGACUGCGGCUUCGGCGGCUACGUCACCAACGACCCGCGCUACAACGUCCAGGAGAACCCCGAUCCCACCGGCGCCACCCCGUCCUUCAACUACGGCGGCAUCGGCGGCUCCUGGUGCGCCCCGUACAAGACGUGGCAGCGCAUCUACGACUACGACUUUGCCCAGAACCUGACCGACGCGCAGGCCAAGCACGUCAUUGGCGCGUCGGCUCCCCUCUGGUCCGAGCAGGUCGACGAUGCCAUCAUCAGCGGCAAGAUGUGGCCGCGCGCCGCCGCUCUCGCCGAGCUCCUCUGGUCGGGCAACAGGGACCCCAAGACUGGCAAGAAGCGCACCACGACUUUCACGCAGCGCAUCCUCAACUUUAGAGAGUACCUGGUCGCCAAUGGUGUGGCAGCCACUCCCCUGGUGCCCAAGUACUGCCUCCAGCACCCUCAUGCGUGCGAUUUCUACUACGAUCAGGAAGCCGUCAAAUAA